CUCGUUAUUUAUCGAUGAACCCACUGUUUGAAAAAGUUUAAAGUUUAUCAAUGGUAAACCUGUUUAUUUAGCCGCGAUAAGGACAUCAGCGCAAGAAAACAUUUAACAGUUUCCUAAAUAAGCGCAAUUUCUGCUUAUUUCUAGUGCGUGUAACUUCGAUUAUGGAAGCCUAUGUGGGAACAUCAGAUUGCGAUGACAGCCUCCAAGUGGUAGACAUAAAAAAUCUACAGAAAAUUUUGACGGAGGAUGAAAUACAUUUUUCAGACAUGACGUCUCUAGGGACAAUGAUGCUGCUCGAGCACACUGCCUCCAAAAUGCCCGAGGAAGCAAGCGAAGAACUGGACGACGACACCAACUUGCACAGGCUCUCCCUGGCCUACGAAAGGCUGCACACAAUGCCCAAGAUACUGACAGAAGAACUGGCGCCUUACGUGAGGAUCCUAGACUUAAGCAACAAUGAAUUUGAGAGUUUAGAUUUUCUAAGCGAGUUCACGGAGUUGACACACUUGAUAUGUGACCGCAACAAUAUAACCUCUAAGACUGUCAUUCCGUUCCUGCCCAAGUUGGAGUUGCUGUGGAUGAAUCAUUGCAAGAUCUCUGAACUGUAUCCUUGGGCGAGGAAAUUGCUCCAUUCCUGUCCCAGUUUAAGAUAUCUUUCACUGAUGGGCAACCCGAUAGCCCCGUCCUUUUUGAGAGGGGGAACGUUCUUUGAGUAUUUACAGUAUAGGUUGUUCAUUGUAUCUCUCUUUCCUUACCUGAUACAUUUAGACGACAAAAUAGUCACACUAGAAGAAAGGAAAGAGGCGCAAGAAAUUUAUCACAGGCCGCUCAUGGAAAGGUUUGUGACAAGGACGCAAAAGAGCUUACCAUCCUGUCUAAGAGAAAUGUCUGAAAAAGUGUCAGAGUUAUUAACACCAACGCCAGCAUUUAUGGUUCCCAAGAAAAAUGUUAUAAUUUAAUUUUUUUAUAAUUUUGCCACUCUUUUUUUAUUGAAAUUCGAACUGAAAUAAUUUUAAUGAAUUAACUAGAAAUAAUAGAUAGCGUAGUAUAUUUGAAAGGCGCCAAUUUCGGAUCUGGAUCUCUAAAUAAUGUAAUAAAUUUUUUGUAAAAAUAAAUACCCACUAUAGAUUUUAA